AUGACUACGUUAAUAUCUCCUAUGGGUAAUACUACUAAUAAUAGCAAUAACACUAGCAGAAGUACGAAUAACCCUCAUUAUAAUCUUGAUAGAUGGAGCAAUUCAAAUUCAUUCUCGAACUCGAAUCCAAACUCGAACCCGAACCCGAACUCAAACUCGAACUCAAAUUCAAACUCGAAUGCGACUACUAGCUCGGGUAAUUAUAUAACAGAUCCUUCGCCAAAAUCAUUAACUUCAUAUGACUCUCCAAUAAUUAAUUCUAGUUCAAUAUCAAGUUCAACACCAUCGUUACCCCCUCCCAUGCAACAGCAAAUGCAUCAUUCUUCAUCGCAACAUCCGAUUCAUCAACAGUCGACUUUAUACUACUACGAUAAUUCACAAUCAAUAGCAAGGUCAAAUUCCUAUCCUUCUGAGAAUAUUCCUCAACAAUAUUACUUUUAUCAAUCUCAACAUCAACAACAACUGCCUGCAUUUUACCAACAUCAUGACCAAAAUCAGCUGCAGCUGCUACCACAGUUACAUCAACUGGCAUCGAACCAAAUAGAACAUACACAACAACCACAGCAACAAUUGUAUUAUUCUGGUAACGGACAACAAUAUUUCAUUCCUUAUAGCAAUGAACUUUCAAAUCAAAACUAUUAUCCUUCUCAUUAUCUAUAUCAACAGCAAAUGCUUCAAGCUCCACCUCGUAGAAAAUCUAAACAAUCUACUACUUGGUCAUCUUCUGAAGAUAAAUUAUUGCGAAACCUUAAAGAAGUUCAGAAAUUGGGGUGGAGAGAAAUAUCAACUUUCUUUGAAGACAGAACUCCAAAUGCUUGUCAAUUCAGGUGGAGAAGAAUCAUCAGCGGGAUUACUAGCAAAGAAAACGUUGAAAAGCGUUUGGAAGAAAGUGAAGAUGACGAGCCAGUAGGCAAUGUUGAUGAAAGUCAGACUGGAUUACUCAAAAUAAAAGAAGAGCAACCAAUGCUGCAAGACCUAUCAGUCCCAGAAACAAUCAUGGAUGCUGAGGAUAAAAAGAAUAAUAAUCACUAUUCCAUUGACUUUUUAUUAAAUUAA